AUUUUAUUUUUGAUCACUACUACUUUGAUGAAAGAAUGCAUCAUCAUCCCAUAAAAGAGAUUUAAUAGUAGGUUUAGUCUUGACAAAUUGGUAAUAUACAAAAUAAAUGUGCUAAUGCAUUUGUUUAAUUUUAAAAUAAUGGCGACAUUUUGAAUUACUGCCAUGAGAAAUUUAUUUUUUUACGUAAAUAUUUAAGUAGCUAUCAUUACGGUGAAUAUUAAUGAGUCAAUUUUGACACAUUUAUCAAGUUUACAAACAUUUUGUCUGUCAAUUUUGUCAAUAUUUUUAUUGUGACGAAAAGGACCUCAUCCAAAUGUCCAAAUCCAAAGAAAAGUUAUCGGAAUUCGAUGAGCACAUAGCUAGAAAGUUUAUUAUACAAAAAAGAUUGGGUAAGGGAGCAUAUGGGAUUGUGUGGAAGGCUACAGACAAAAGAACUAACCAAACAGUGGCUAUGAAAAAGAUCUUCGAUGCUUUUAGAAACGAAACUGACGCCCAACGCACCUUUAGAGAAAUUAUGUAUUUGCAAUCGUUUAAAAACCAUCCGAACAUAAUCAAACUGCUCAGUAUACAUAAAGCUGUCAAUAACAAGGACAUUUACCUGGGAUUUGAAUACAUGGAGACCGACUUACAUAAUGUCAUAAAGCGAGGAAACAUAUUGAAGGAUGUACAUAAACGAUACAUAAUAUAUCAACUACUAAAAGCCAUCAAAUAUAUACAUUCUGGAAAUGUGAUUCACAGAGAUUUAAAACCAAGUAACGUAUUAUUAGAUAGUGUGUGUAGAUGUAAGUUAGCUGAUUUCGGAUUAGCUAGACUCGUUACACAGAAGUCAGAUUCACGAAAGGAUUUUAAUCCAACCCUAACGGAUUACGUGGCAACACGGUGGUACAGAGCUCCGGAAAUACUCGUUUCCAACAGAAGAUACUUCAAGGGAAUAGACAUGUGGAGUAUGGGUUGCAUUUUAGCAGAAAUGUGUCUUGGCAAACCAAUUUUUCCAGGAUCAUCUACAGUAAAUCAAGUUGAAAAGGUAAUGGCGGUCAUUCCUACACCUACUUCUGAGGAUAUUGCCGUUGUUUGUACUUCUGCAGUUGGAGCAUCGAUGAUCAAAAAGGCCUCGGCUGUUCAGAACAUUCCUUUAAUCAGCAUUUUUGAGGAUGAUGUACCAAAUGAUGCUUUGGAUUUGAUUAGUAAACUGCUUGUGUUUAACCCGACUAAAAGAUUUUCAUCGGAAGAAGCUCUUGAGCACGAAUACGUAUCGCAGUAUCAUGAGCCGAACAAGGAAAUUACAUUACCAUUCAAUGUGUCUAUUCCCUUCGAUGACGAUAUACGCAUGUCAAUUGAAGACUACAGAAAUAAGUUGUAUGAAAUAAUGUCGACCAACAAAAUUACCACAAGAGUCAAACCGAAAGUAACUCCAGACAUCCAACCCAGGAUUUGUAAGAGUACUGAACAGUACAUUAGGAAGCAUAUCAAUCGUCUAAACAAUCCACCAACUGCUAAAAAAACAAUCAAGGCAGUUGGGGCGAGCAGUAACUUGGGACUGAGACAAAAAAAUCAUGCUUUACCGACGAAUCUGAGAGAUUUCAAAGGAGGUGGCGACGAAUACAAGUUGAAAAUGAAGUUUAAGGCGGCCGUUUGCAAAAAAACUCCCCUUAAAUUGGAAACAUGCAAUCCUCGCACAAUUACCAAAUCUCUGAGAAUGGCGGGUUUGAGAUGACUUUUACAAUUCCUAUUUUAUACAUUUUAAUUAUAAUCUACUAUUUCGGCACCGUAUGUGCAAAUAAAAUGAUUUAAAUCAA